AUGGCGUCUAUAAGCCCUCAUGGCGACGAUGACGAUCCCCUGAACGACUUCAAGUAUCAUGAUGAUGACGCCGCCCCGUCGGAAGCCUCACCAGAUCCUAAAUCGCUGCCCAUGCAGAAGAGGCGACGAGUUGGCCGCGCAUGCGAUGAAUGUCGUCGAAAAAAGAUUAAAUGUGAUGGCAAACAGCCCUGCACCCAUUGCACCGUCUAUAGUUAUGAGUGUUCGUAUGACCAACCCUCCAACCGCCGUCGCAACCCUGCCCCGCAAUACGUCGAGGCGCUCGAAAAUCGCCUGUCCAGAGCUGAAGCCCUGCUGCGAGUCGUUCUCCCUAAUGUCAAUCUCGACGACCCGGACCUAGAUGUGCAUGCGACGGAACAGGUAUUAGCCGCCCAAAAAAGACAAGAUGCGACCGAGGAUGUCAAGCCACCGGUGCCGAAGCCUCAACCUCAGGCCCAGGCGGAGGUUGCGCCGGAGGCAGGGGAUGAGGGAUUACUGGAGACAAUGGUCGAUAAUUCCGGCUGUUUAGAUCGGGAUGAUCAAGGCCAUUGGGAUUAUCAUGGACAUACGUCCGGGAUUAUCUUCGUUCGUCGCUUACGCAAACAGUUGGGCGCCACCGAUCUCAAUGGUCCGAUGUCACGACCGCGCGCUUCGAUCACGUCGCAUAUGUGGGAUAGUCCCAAGUCGAUGUCGGAGUCGCCUCAGGAUACGUCAAUGCCUCCUACCCACGAUCUACCCCCGCGCGUGGUUGCCCGCCGCUUGUGCCAUAAUGCGAUCGACCACGCUUGUUCGCUCAUGAGGUUCGUGCAUGAGCCUUCAUUCUUCGCUAGCCUGGAGCAAAUCUACGAUACACCUCCGGAACAAUUUGGCAAUGAUGAGAAUUCAUUCCUGCCGCUGCUGUAUAUCGUAAUCGCGGUUGGUUGUUUGUUCUCGGAUGACGGAGGUAGUACUUUGGAUUUGUCUGGUUACGAAAGCGCAAUCGGCCAAGGGUUCCAAUUUUUCAAGGCUGGCCGACAAUUAUUGGAGGUUACUGAUUGCCGUGACUUGCCUUCUCUCCAGGCAAUUUGUUUCAUGGUACUUUUCUUGCAGUCAUCCGCCAAGUUGAGUACAUGUUAUUCAUAUGUAGGAAUUGCGCUGCGCUCAUCUCUACGAUUGGGUCUCCAUCGCAAGGUCGCCACAGAUUUCAAUCCCAUUGAACGAGAAUUACGAAAGCGAAUCUUUUGGGUGGUUCGCAAGAUGGACGUCUACGUCAGCACCCUUCUUGGUUUGCCUCAGAUGCUGAGCGACGACGACAUCGACCAAGAAUAUCCCAUGGAGAUUGAUGGGGAUUUCAUCACCAUACAAGGAAUUACUCAACAGCCAUCUAAUUAUACACCGUUGAUGGCUGGAUGCAACGCCCACACCCGUCUUUCCAACAUCAUCCUGAAGGUGGUGAAAUACAUCUACCCCGUCAAGAAUGCCCGGUAUCGCUCAAAGUCAGACCAGCGCUACAUGGUCAGUCAUUCCAAGAUCCGUGAGAUUGAGCGUGAUCUACAAAAUUGGAUGGAGGAAUUGCCCCCUGCUUUGCGACCGGGUACAGAAGUUUCACCACAGCUAGAACGUGUCCGACAAUUACUGCGUAUCAGUUAUGCACAUGUGCAGAUGGUCAUGUAUCGACCUUUCCUCCACUACGUUUCUGGUGGUUCCCAAGCGCGCGGUGUUGACAAGCGAUCGUAUGCUUGUGCAGCGGCAUGCGUCAGUGUUUCCAGGAACAUCGUUCACAUUACCACUGGAAUGCAAAAGCGAGGAUUGCUUAAUGGAUCGUUCUGGUUCACCAUGUAUACGACCUACUUUGCUAUUCUCUCUUUGCUCUUCUUCGUGAUUGAGAACCCUGACUCACCAACAGCCAAAGACGGUGUUUUGAAGGAUGCCAUGGAAGGCAAAAAUACACUUGCUGGUUUAGCUAAGAAGAGCUUGGCUGCGGACCGAUGCUCUCAGAGCUUGAACUGCCUCUUCAAGACUUUGCCUGAGAUGCUCAAGAACCGACAAGGCUCCAAGACCCCGGUCAAUCUAAAGCGACCAGCGCCAUCAAACCAAGCGGCUGAACGUGAGCCUGCUCAAUCCUCAUUUGAGCAACCACUGCCACACCGGUCAAGCACAUUCCCCAUGCAGAUGAUGCCUCAAACUCCUGCACCCGAAGCUCCAACCCGUCGCCAACAGAGCCUUGAUAACGCCCAGAUGAUGAACAAUCGCUCCAAUGACAAUAGCAGCCAGUCGACAUGGGUUUCAACAACUCCUGAGCUGCUUACAGAGACCAUGUCUACCCCGGAACAGAUCUCUUCAGCUAGCUCCAUACAUCCUUCCAUGUCCAACCAAGAGCCAUCGAGCCUUGCUUGGGCCCAGCAAUUCAACAACCCGGCUAAUCUCCCUGAUCUGAUGCCGAUGAUGUUUCCCUCUGACGACCCAUUCGCGUACCCUACACAACCCAUGUCCACGCUGGAAGACGACCACUUCCGCCACGACCGUGGAAUGCCUCCAUCCCAAUACCCCUUUGAUGCAGCCGCACAAGCAACAGGCAUGGGAGCAACAACACCCACCGAGCAAACGGGCGGCGUCGGAAUCUCAACACCCAACUUUGACUUCACCUCUCUCCCCAAUUUCCCCGUCGGCAAUCCCUCGGCGAUCAAGUCAUCAGUGCCAAGCCGCCUCCAACCCUCCCACUCCAGAAGCUCAUCACGUACCAUGUCUCCCAUCUCCCACGGCCAUACCCCAAGCGAAGCCCUCAGUAGUCCAGAUCUGGUCUCAAUUCCGAACCAAAACUUUGUCUGGCAGGGUUACAACUUCCAACCGAACAAUCCAAACCCCCAUAACCCAAACAACAUGCCAGCCGAAUCCGCAGCCCCACAGCCAGAAUUCCACAGUCCAAAUGGAUUACCUGACGUCAGCAUGGGCAUGAUGGAUGAAAACAUGGCCGCGAACAUGGACCUGGGCAUCUCGUUUGACGAUCUCUUCGGUAAUAAUGCUAACUACCGAUCUAACAAUGGGGCAUCCAAUGAUGAUUGGACUCAGUGGAUGAACGUCAAUGCCUGA